ACGUGGUCACGUCUCACGUCAGUACGUCACAGCAACAUUAUUCCAAUGCGGCAAUGCAGCGGUAGUUGACUUGCGCUGUGAUGCCGUAACGAAGAGCCUUUGAAUUUAAUUUUUUAUACUAUUAUUAUUAUUUUAAUGUUAUCGAAACGUCAUUAUUUGUACGGCACGAUAAGUGGCAUAAGACUUAUACGAGUGGUACGACGACUACGACACCGUUUAGUGUUUACUCUGGUCACAUGAAAAUUAAUUAAUUAAACAUUCACACACAUGAACACGUUACCACAGUACCACUAUACCAUAGCCUAUAUAGAAACCUAUAAUCUUACGUCCUAUAACUACCUACAAUUUAAUAUAUUGAUUUAUAUUUUUUAUUAAACGUUACGGCGACCCUUCACUGUGCAUCGAAACAGAAACGUCAAACUCUAAUUCAAUCCAUUCGAGUAUAAUGUUCGCCGUUCGCAAUAUGUAGAUCAUGCUUAACUUGAUUUUAUGAUAAAUYUCUAGUGCUGAAGUAUAUUUGUUAUAUGAAGGUAUUUGAUCAUUAAUUAUUAAAGUACUGUAAGUUAACAAUAUAACAGCUAUGUUUUCUUCUCAAAUUUAUUCAAUACAUUAUUUGCUAGUCUAGAUAAAUAGGAUUUAAGAUGUCUGAAGAAGAAGACGAAGGAUGGAUGAAAGCGUUAGAAAAAGCACUUUGUGAAAAAGAUGAAUCCCCACUUAGUGACGAAUCAGAGCAUUUUACUGUAAUUGCUAAUGAAUGUAGGGGUCAGAUGUGGCGUCAGUUACUGACUCGUGAUGAUGAUACUAUUCAAACUUUGUUAGAUGAGAGACCAAUUAUAAAAAACAUAGAACAGUUAGAGGUUGACUGUCAAAUGUUAAUUGCUUCUUUAGAAAUUGAAGAUGAAGAUGAAAAAUUAAACUGUUUGUCAGACACUGAAGCUAUAUUGCUAACAAUGUGUAAAAUAUAUAAUACAGAUACAUAUGAUAUAAGUAAGAGAUGGUCAUCAAUAAUUCGGCCAAUUAUAUCAUUAAARCUACCACGAAUUGAUACUUAUACCAUGUUCCGUGCGAUUGAUGAAGAGUACUUAGCUAAACAUCAAGACUGUUACCAUUUAAUAAGGAUAUUAUUAUUAUAUCAUGAUCCAGAAUUGUGUAACUUACUAGAUUCUUUGAAAUUGGGACCAGAACUUUAUAGUGACUCAUGGAUACAGACUUUAUUUUCGGAAACAUGUUCUUUAGAAGUAAUUUUAACUAUUUGGGAUUUAUACUUAGCAAAAAAGGACAGGUUUUUUAUAUUUUUCUUGGCUUUAGUAUUCAUCAUUAAUGCAAGGGAUCAUAUAUUUUCAUUAAAACAUCAACCCAAAACACAACUGAUUGAAAUUCUUGGGAAUUUGCCAUCGCAAUUGGCUAUAGAUGAUAUAAGUGAUUUUUGGUCUUUGGCAGAAUAUUAUGAUAAACAAACACCUUCAUCUUUUAUAAAAGAUGUUGCUGGUUAUAUUUUUGACCCAAAGCUGCAAGAUAAAGGAAUUUCACAAAUGUUAUGCCUUCCAAUCAGUGUAACUGAAUUAGUAUCUCAUACAAACAAAACAGUGACAAACAGCUUGAAAUUUUUCGUUAUGGAUUGCCGACCCGCUGAACAAUACAAUGCUGGACAUUUGCCUAUUGCCUUUCCAUUGGAUAGUACUUUACUUUUAGAAGAUCCUGAUUCUUUUUGGAUUGCGGUUGAAGGGUUAUUAUCAUGUCAAAAGCAGAGCUUUGUUGAGGGCCGUUCAGGGGGAGGAGAACAUUGGUGUUUUUCAGGUUGUGGUAGUGGUUUAGAUGCUAACCAAAACACUCAUAUGGUUGUUUCAGCUUUUCUACAAAAACAUUCACUCUAUGUUUCCAUGUUAAAUGGUGGCUAUCAAGCACUUCAUGACUAUUUUGAAAAAAACAAUAUUGAUGGCCUGAGUGAUCAUGAUCGUAAUAGAUGUUCACAGUGUCUAUGUAGUCCACAUAAAAAUAAAGAACGAUUAACUCAUACAAAUUCAACUAAUGAAUUGUUUUCUAAGCUUGGUGUGGCAAUGAGAUCAAAAUCAUUUGAAGUCAAAGGUAAAUUAAUGGAUUUUUUAUCAAGUAAUAACAAUAGUACAAAGAAUGAAAAAACAAAUGGAGGUAGCAAAAGAUACAGAAAUAUGGCGCCAGUUUUUGCUAUAGACGAAGAUGAUAAUAAUCAAGAAUCAGAAGAUGAAUUGUAUGAUGGAGCUCAUAAUAAUAAUUUGUCAAUGCUAUUAAAUAAAUCCAAUGUAAUUGCAUCAUUUGAUUGCCAGCAUAUCAGAAAUGAUGGAACAUUAAUUCCAGGAAAAUUGGUGUUGACAAAAAAUAACCUUAUAAUAGUCGAAGUAGAAUCAAAAGAUCCUAGUAAAAUUUGUUCAUUGGUAAAUCAUUCAUUGGGAACUAUUUUGAAUAUUAAAUGUCGCAAAAAACGACCGGAUUUGAUUAUUUUUGAAUAUUCUGGAGCAGAAAAGGAUAUAGACAGGUUCUUAAUACCACAAUCACAAAAAGCUACUGAUGUAAUAAGUAAACAAAUAAUGGAUUUCAUUGAACGUGAUGAAAGCUGAUCAAUUGUGUAUAACUUGCUUUAACAAUAGAUUACAUCAAAAACAAUAUUCACUAGUUCAUUACAUAUUACAUCAUACAAAUAAUAACAAUUUUAUGAAUGUAUUGCUUUAAUAAAACCCAACUAAAAUUGCUCAUUAAUUAAUAUGUAAAUAUGUGUAGCAAAAAAAAUCUAUUCAAGUGGAAGAAAACCUAAUUGUUACAAAUUCUGUUUUGCGUGUUGGAAAAUGCAAUAUUUUUUACUUAAUGGCUGUCUUUAAAUGCCAUAUUAAUGUUACAGUUAAUAUUAAUAUUUACAGUUCAUUUUUCUUAACUUUCUUGAAAUAUGUUAUCAUUUAUUUGUUUUCUGUUUAAUUUAACUAGAUGUGUAAGAAUUUUUAAUAUUGUUAUUUUAUUUUACAUAAUGUUUCAUUUAUAUUAAGUUUUUGCAAUUAUAAAAAAUCCUUAUUCUCAUAACUUUUAAACAAUCUAUAAAUAAAGUGCAUUGUUUAUCAUUUUCAUAUUCUUCACUUGUUUAUCUUUAAGGAGUAAGGACUAAUUAUUAAAUCUAUUAAUUUAAAGUGCAACUGAUGAAGUAUUACAGCUAUGAGUUAUGACCAAAUUAACGCAUAUUAUAUCAUUAUAAAAAAAUAAAAUAMUUUUUCAAUUUUUAACUUAUAUUGAUAUUUAUUUUUGUU